UGGGGGUCGAUAGGGUGUGGAGCUGCAGCUUGAACUGAGAAAACAUUAUCCGAUCGUUCGGGUAUUAAGAAUAUGGGCAUUUAAUAUUAGCCAUGUUUGGAUUAUUAUUACUAGAGGGGGCCAGGCAAGGUAAGGGCUACGUGAUUAAUAACGGGAUAGGGUUGACUAUGUUCUUUUCUCUGGGUCUAGAAAGAAACGCCCAGAAGGACAUGGAGAAGAAGAUUCGGCAUCAUCUGAAGACGCCAUUGCUGGUUUACUAAGAAAUGCCCGCACUGAGUAAAUGGCAAAUGGAGGAGAAACAAAGGACGAGGUGGUUUGGCACCAUGUGGACCCACCGGGCCCCACCCAGUAUGGCUAGACUUGUGGAAAGCGGUUAUCUCUAUAACACGUGUCUCCAUCGCCAGUCACCAGAAUCGGGUGAAUUCCCGGUAGGGCCUCCGAUUGGCUGCGGAGUUGCUGCUGGGCGAGAAAAUCGUGGUGGGAGGAGGAGGAGGACACCAACAAGAACAAGAAUCCACCAUUUUCAAGCUCGGCAGAAGAUACCCUUCUAGCUUUUCGACUGUCUGAUAUAAAAAUGGAACAUUUUUCUUGAUGAAGAGAGAAAGAGAGAGAUUGAGUAACGGAGCUGUCUUCAUUGCGGAGACCCUCUCUUCAGUUCUUUUUCUCUCCGAGCUUGCAGGAGGAGGAGGUGGAGGGCGAAGAUGAUAAGGCUUUGGGUGCUGGGGCUGCAGCUGGCGGAGCUGCUUGUGAGCUCUGCCGUGCAUUUGCUCUACGCGCUUUACAUAUUCAGUUCGGCCGUCGCCGGCGACCUCUCGCAGGCCCUCGGCGGCUGCCUCUUCAGGCAGAGUGUGGACGUUCAGGUGAAAGCAGAGGAGCCCGAAAGGAAGAGCACCGCGACCAAUGACGUCCCUCCGAUCGUGCUCGUUCACGGAAUCUUCGGCUUCGGGAAAGGGAGAUUGGGAGGCUUAUCGUAUUUUGCGGGUGCAGAGAAGAAAGACGAGAGAGUUCUUGUGCCCGACCUGGGGUCUUUAACCAGCAUACACGACAGGGCUCGAGAACUGUUCUAUUACUUAAAAGGAGGGCAAGUAGAUUAUGGUGAGGAACAUAGCAAGGCCAGUGGUCACUCACAGUUCGGGCGGAUUUACGAGCAAGGGCAUUAUCCCGAGUGGGAUGACGAUCACCCGAUUCACUUUGUGGGGCAUUCAGCUGGGGCUCAGGUGGUUCGGGUUUUGCAGCAGAUGCUUGCUGAUAAGGCUUUUGAGGGCCAUGAGAAUACUUCCGAAAACUGGGUAUUGAGUAUUACUUCGCUGUCCGGAGCAUUCAACGGGACUACAAGAACCUAUUUAGAUGGAAUGCAGCCCGAUGACUGGAGGUCUCUCAAACCCCUUUCCCUGCUUCAAGUUUGCCGCAUCGGAGUGAUCAUCUAUGACUGGUUUGACAUCCCUUGGCUCAAAUCCUACUACAGCUUCGGGUUUGACCACUUCGACAUUUCAUGGAAGAAAACAGGCCUGUCAGGCCUCGUCGAUUGCCUCUUGGGUAACACAGGCCCGUUUGCUUCUGGGGACUGGAUACUUCCUGACCUCACGAUUCAAGGGUCAAUACAACUCAACAACCAUCUCCAAACCUUCCCCCGUACAUACUACUUCAGUUAUGCCACAAAACGCACUACGAAAGUGAUGGGGGUCACUGUCCCUUCUAGCAUUCUUGGAAUCCAUCCUCUGCUCUUCAUUAGGGUCCUGCAGAUGAGCCAGUGGAGGCAUCCUCCCGAUGUUCCCCCUCCGUACAAAGGCUACAGGGAUGAGGAUUGGCACGACAAUGAUGGAGCAUUGAACACCAUAUCAAUGACGCACCCUCGCCUCCCAAUCGAGCACCCGAGUUGUCCUGUUGUGAAUGACAAUGACUGUGGGCCACUCCAGCCCGGGAUCUGGUAUUACAAGAUCGUGGAAGCGGAUCACAUAUUCUUCAUUAUAAAUCGGGAGAGAGCGGGAGUGCAGUUCGAUCUCAUGUACGAUGGAAUCUUCGCACGCUGCAGGAAGCAUGUCUUCAGGAGAACUCCUCCAACACUCCCCAACCAAGCCCAUCAGUAGUUCCAAAACCGGAACCUGCAGUACAUAGAAUGAGGAGAAAUUCUGUAUUCUUCAUUUGGGGACGGAAAAUUCCUUCCAGUCUUGGCAAUUAUACAUGGGGAGGGUCCAUGAUUUGGUCCUCCAAGAACAUAUAAUGCACUGACAACAUAUGAAAAACCUCGAAUUUGGUCCUCCAAGAACAUAUAAUGGGGAGGGUCCAUGAUUUCUGUCAA